UCGCAUUUUUUGUGUUUGGUUGCCGGCCUGGUGACAGAAGAACCAUGAUGGCGUCGCUGUUUAUUAUGUGAGAACUUCACAUAAAAAUUGGUUAAAAAACCCCGAAAAACUCACAACAAAAUGUAAAAACAGUAAUUUUUGGUCAGAAUGCCUGAAAAGCCACGUGUCCAUGCAAUCAAGCUUUGAGCCAAACCUAGUAGAAAAUGGGUUGUGUUAGCAGCAAGCCCGACAUAAACGAUCAACACCCGAACAUUUUCGACGUAUCCAACGUCAACGACCAAGGCGACUUGGUGAGCCCCGGCAAGCUCGAAGUCCGGGAAACUGAACUAGUCCUACACCAAAGAGGCAAAAACCCCACAGUGUGGCCCCUCAGGUCGCUGCGCAAGUACGGCUUCGACUCGGAAAUUUUCAGUUUCGAGUGCGGUCGCAGGUGCCCCACUGGCCAAGGCAUUUAUGCGUUUAGGUGCCGCAAGGCUGAGCAACUUUUCAAUAUCGUCCAACAUCACAUUGUACGUAAUUCCGACGAGAACCCCCUUAUUAACGCCAUUUCGGACUUUCCGGCCGUUUCCACGGGGCCCCCUGUGCAGCGACGCGCCCCGUCCCAGCCCGAGGGCUAUCUCAAUCCGGUGGGGGCCCCCAGGCCGAGUCUGAGCCGCCCUGGGUCCAUCACCAGCAACGGCCCGGUGAGCCCCACGACGGCCGAGUCGACGCACGAACACAAUAAUAAUAAGAGGGGCAGUUUGGGGGACCACCAGUACACCAAUUCCAGUGUUAUUACUGAGUUGGAGGCUCCCAAUUAUGCCAACUUAGGCGCCGCAGCCCCCGAGGGAUGUGGGGAGGAGCUGCGCCCCCUUGUGGAGAGUCCGUGCCACCUGUACAUGAAUGUGGACACCGUUGGAACCAAAGACUCGGAUCCUUCCGAGGACAACGCAAGACAUUGCUACGCCAAUAUAGACACCAAAGAUUUAGAACAUUUAAGGCCGCUUUUGUCGGGGGCGGAGGCGCCAAGUGUGCCCCAAACGCCCACCGCGCUCUAUUUGACUGUCCACGAAGUGAAUUACGCUGAGCUGGACUUGGAUCCGGUGAAAAGCGACGUUUCUACCUCUCAAGUGACGCCAGAAAGCCCCCACAAAGCGAAAAGUUACGCUACGAUUGAUUUUCAAAAAACUAACGCUCUCUCGCAAUCGAUAAAUCCGCCAAUGGAGGUCGAAGAAGGCAGCAGAAAGACUAGGCAUAAUUCUACAAUUAGUGAUGUUACGACUAGACAUAGCAACUCGCUAAGUGACUAACACAUCGAAUUGUAAAAUUUUGUGAUUCUCAUUGAGUUUUUUUUUGUUUGAUGAGGUGACCAGUACGAAAAUUUUGUUUUUUUAGUAGAGUAGUUGGAAAACAUCGAUUUUUUGGAAUGGGUCAUCUCGUUAAGUACUUGUGAUUAUCUACCAAAAUGUUAAACUUGCCACCUUUUUUUUGUAAGGAUACAAAUUUACAAAUGCCAAAGAUAUUUGAUAGUUGUUAAUGGUUUUAAGUAAUGGAAAUGAAAAAUGACGUAUUAUUUUACUAUAUUAUACAUUGCGCAAAAAGUAAUUAAUUAUAGAACAGUUGAAUAUAUUAUAUUUAAUUUUUAAUAAACGAUAUUUUACAAA